AUGGCCAAUAAAUCACGACCCAAGAAAAUCAAAGCUCCAUACAGGAAGUAUGUCGCAGGAGAAGGUUUCUCCUCUACAAGAAAUGAUAAUAAAGCUAAAGAAUUCACUAUCACUGUACCGGACAAUGCAGAGCUAAUUGAGACUCCGCAGGGAUCUUAUUACUAUGAUGAAGCCAAUGAUACUAUAGUCAAGUUAACACGACUGAGCAGCAAUAAAAAGAAUAAAAAAGGACAUAAACAGUCGCCAUUGUCACCGUCAUCGUCAUCGCGUCCCAAAGGAGAGAAGGAAGGACAAGUUAUGGAGAGUGAGAAAACUAACACUCUUUCCCUAUCAUUAAGGAUGGCUUUACCAUGGGAGCUACAGUAUAGAAUAAUCCAUUACCUCGAUAUACCAGGGGAAAAUGAAAAUACCAAUAAAGUAACUAAUGGGAAAAAAAUAACUACUGGAAUUAUUAUGAACUAUCUACUAGUUUGUAAAAACUGGUAUUGCAUGUGUCUACCAAAGCUGUACUUUGCGCCAGCACUAACAAGUAAGAAUUUCAAUGGAUUUGUUGAUACUAUAAUUAUAAAUAAAAAGAAGAAUUUAGGACAUUAUGUUUAUGAGUUGAACUUAUCUACAAUUUUACAAAGUGGUAGAAAUUCAUUCGUUUCUAAGCUGUUGCGACGAUGCUGCUCUAAUUUAACUAAAUUCAUUGCUCCACAGACAAGCUUUGGCUAUGCUCCCCUGAUUUCAUUGAAAUCGUGCCAUGAUUUGAAAUUCCUAGACCUGGGUUUGGUGUCAGAAACGGUCAAGCUAAAGGAAUUGUUUUCUGCUAUUAAAAACUUCACUAAAUUAACGCAUUUAUCUUUUCCUAGAUCAUCUAUUGACUGCCAGGGAUUUCAAGAUAUUGAAUGGCCACAGAACCUCAGAUAUUUAAAAUUGAGCGGAGGUAUCACCAAUGAAUUUGUUAUUGAUACGAAAUGGCCAAAGACUAUUACCACCUUAGAAUUUUCCUAUUGCCCUCAAAUAAUGGAGUUGUCUAUUUAUUCCUUGUUGUCACAAAUCGGUGAUAAUUUAAAGCACUUAUUUUUCCAUUAUCCAAUGCCAUCUUUGACGGAAAACUCUUUAGACCAUGUCUUCACGUAUUGUGCUAAUUUGAUUUCUUUGCAAAUCAUGGUAGAUUACUGUUCCAAGUGGUGUUUUUCGGAAUUCAUGCUGAGCAAAUUAGUGGAAUAUGACAGGCCCCUUAAAACAUUAUACUUGGAAUGUAGUGGAUCCUUGGGAUUAGCUUCUAAGAUUCAUCCCGACGAUUUGACUAUAGCCAUAUUAGAAUCCAGGCUACCAUGUUUGAAGAACAUAUGCGUUUCUCCCAAGCUAGGUUGGAAUAUGAAGAGUGAUGAGGUCACCGACCUAGUGGUCUCUUUGGAAGAUCAAGAUGGUAGUUUAUAUUUAAAUUAUUAG